AUGGCAGGCAUCGGUGAUCAAGCGUCAUUAAACGCUUUUUGGAAAGAUAUUGCGAAGAAAGAAGCAGAAAUGUCCAUGGAUUUACUGGAAGAUGAAGAAAUGGAACCUAGAUACCCAAUAUCCGUGUGCGACUUCUUCCAUCAACGAAAGAGCACGACAACCGACUCUACGAAAACGCCUGAACGACAGCUGAUGCAUCACGAUCGAUUCACCACGCCUGUCUACGAAGACACAGAGACGAAUGAUUCGUUCAGCCCACUGUUGCAUAAAACCACCAUCCCUGAUUAUUUCGCUCCUAUCGACGAUCAGAACAAAUGGGAUAAGAGAUUACAAAGAUUUAGCAAUCAGGGUAAAGUAAAGGUAUAUGAGUCUAGAAAAAUCAAAAAGGCGGGAAAGAUAAUCACAAAAAGCAGUAAACAUAAACAAUCACCUGGGACAGUACAAGUGCUUCGAGCUGCUCAAUGUUCACUGACUGAAUUGCGUCGGUUGAAGGAAACCUGUGCUAUAGAAAAUCCCUUCCUCUGA